AUGGAGCACAAGAACUUCACCUACUCAGUCAAGAGCCGCUACAACGGGACCGUGUACUACAUUUGUAGUCACUUCCGAUCGGCCAGUUGCCCUGCUCGUCUGAUCGUCAAGUCUAGCGGAUCUAUUGAAGAAGUCGGUGAGCACGCGUGUGUGCGCGAAUCUGAGACAGUGAUAGAAGCUACGGAAGAGAUGAGAGAGGUUCUCGAGGCCCUCGCGACUACCGACAUGUCGGUUGCGCCUUCUGCAGUGUGGAAGGCUGCAAUCCGGCACCUCCAUCGCAAGCACGGCGAGAAUACCAGCCUCCGCUACCUGCCCCGUCACAGGGCUGUCUCGUUUGUGAAGAACGUGCGCAAGGAGCUCACAGGCGGAGACGUGUUUCGAGCUAUCGAGCUCGAACCUACGGUAUUUGUCAGCCCUGAUGACGAACGGCCGUUCCUACAAUUUCAUUACGUCUACGCUCAUGCGGGGGUAAUCAAGCGCAUGAUUGGGUUUGCGCAUCCGGACCUGCUUCGUCUGCUCAAGUACCCAAAGAAUCCACUUUUUGUGGACUGCACGUUUAAGGUGUGCCCAAAGCCGUUUGCACAGCUUGCUGUAGUCAUGAGCUAUGAUCCAGCCUUCGAACUCUACCUACCCAUUUUCUACGUACUGCUACCAGACAAGUACCAAGAUACCUACUGGCACCUGCUCGACAACGUCAUCAUGCAGUGCGAUCUUCAAGUUGAGCCGCGCUACGUCACGUGUGACUUUGAACUGGGUCUGGUCAACGCUGUGCGUCAGCAAUUUGCUGGUGUCCCCAUUGUAGGCUGCCUCUUCCACUGGAAGCAGGCGCUGCGUCGCAAACUGAUCGACCUACGCAUUCCAAAGGAGACGGUAAGUCACGUGAUGACCAGUGGUGCCAUUGAUGUGCUGACCGUGAUACCAAUUGACGAAAUCGCAGAAAAAGGGAUUCCGUUCGUCCGUAGCCGCGUGGAUGAGUCAGGUCAUCGUGUCAAAUGGGACACGUUUUGGCGCUACUUCAAACGCACGUGGAUGCGCACUUACGAUCCUGCGUUAUGGAACGUAAAUGCGAUUAGUGAAACGAUGGACAUCGUCAAUCGCACGAACAACGCUCUGGAGAGGUUCAACAGGGACCUUAACGAGUCCUUCUCGUCAGCACACCCCAAUUUGCUGCCCUUUAUGGCUGUGAUCAAGCAGAAGUCGAAGGAUCACGUUGAGCUCAUAGAAGAUAUCCGCCACCAUCGUCAAGAGGCUCCGCCACACGGAAACCUGAUCACUGUUGAGAUUCCAGCAGCGUAUCGCGCAUUUUGCGAGCAACAAGAGCAGGAAUAA